GGGAGGGAGGGAGGUGAGGAGCCGCCGUCGCCGCCGCCAGCCGCCUUGUCGCUCUGCUUUCUGCAGCCGGUGCGGAGGAGGGGGCAGCCCCCGGCAGGCGUCCCGGCAUGCUGAAAGUCACCAUGCCCUCCUCCUCCUCCUCGUCCUCCUCGUCCUCCUCCUCCUCCUCGUCCUCCUCCGGCUCCUCGGCCGCCGGCCGCUCCGGAUCCGCCGCGCCCGACUACUGGAUCGACGGCUCCAACAAGGACACCCUGGCCCACUACUUCGAGCUGGAGUCCGAGCUGGGACGUGGGGCUACAUCCAUUGUCUACAGAUGCAGGCAGAAAGGGACCCAGAAACCUUACGCCGUCAAAAUGUUGAAGAAGACAGUAGACAAGAAAAUUGUCCGCACAGAAAUUGGAGUUCUUCUUCGCCUUUCGCAUCCAAACAUUAUAAAACUGAAGGAGAUAUUUGAGACUCCUACAGAAAUCAGUCUUGUUCUGGAAUUGGUCACAGGUGGAGAACUAUUUGACAGGAUUGUGGAAAAAGGUUACUACAGUGAACGAGAUGCUGCUGAUGCUGUUAAACAAAUCCUGGAGGCGGUUGCUUACCUGCACGCAAAUGGGAUUGUGCAUCGUGACUUGAAGCCAGAAAAUCUACUCUAUGCAACGCCAGCACCAGAUGCACCACUAAAAAUCGCUGACUUUGGACUUUCCAAGAUUGUGGAAGAUCAGGUGACCAUGAAGACAGUUUGUGGAACUCCAGGAUACUGUGCACCAGAGAUACUGCGGGGAUGUGCGUACGGCCCUGAGGUGGACAUGUGGUCUCUGGGGAUUAUCACCUACAUCCUACUUUGUGGCUUUGAACCAUUUUAUGAUGAAAGGGGAGAUCAGUACAUGUUUAAGAGAAUCCUGAACUGUGAAUAUGACUUUGUGUCCCCCUGGUGGGAUGAUGUGUCUCUGAAUGCCAAGGAUUUAGUCAAAAAGUUGAUUGUUUUAGACCCCAAGAAACGCCUCACCACUCUACAGGCUUUGCAGCACCCAUGGGUCACAGGGAAGGCAGCAAACUUUGCACAUAUGGACAACGCACAAAAGAAACUUCAAGAAUUCAAUGCUCGGCGUAAACUUAAGGCUGCAGUAAAAGCUGUGGUGGCAUCAACUCGCCUCGGCAGCGCCAGUGGUCACAGCGUGCACGAAAGCAACAAGCCCAGCUGUAACCCAUCUCCCAUCCAUGACAGCAAACCCGAAGAGAAACCCACUCAGGAAGCAGAAGCAGCUCCAGAAGAAAUGUCUUAGGUCAAUGUGUGCUUCCUUGUUUCAGCUGAGAUCUGUCAUUUCAUACACCAGCUAACUUGUCAUUCAGCAAGAGAUUCGUAAGCUUGGCCUCUCUGGUUCUGCUUUGGGGUGCCAAAUGCACUGGCUGGUGAUCCUACCUUCAAUGCAUGUGACUGCUUAUGAAAAUAGUAAACUGUUCCAUAAGGCAUGUCAUGGAAACAGUGUUAUUUGCAGUAAUACCGGCAGGUAAAAACAUGGGGAUGAAUUAACUACCUACCAUAAUGCAUAUACUUCAUAUACAUCUAUCCAGUGUUUCUAGAUGGCAUUUGAAACAAAAUACUAUUUAAUUUGGUUUUAUGGAAGUAGGUGUCUUCUAUAUGUUGUGAGUUUCUUUGAACUGCUUCCUUCCAGAUUCAUAGUCCUGCCACAGACAAAAUGGAAGGAAAUACCAAGCCAAUGCUUUUAAAACUGAUGUAUGAAAUAAUGCUUUUUAUCUGUAAAAUUCAAAAAGUAUUUGGGGAUUUAUAUGCAAAAAACAUUCCACUACUUCUGGGAAGAAAUUGAAAUGUUAGUUCCACUGGGCAUGAAAAUGUACAUUCCUCAAGCUUGUGUUGAGAUUGCCUUAUUCUGACUAUUCCUGUUUAUAUACAGUAUUUUAAUGACAACCAAAAUUACUCAAGAUUUCUGCUAUUUCAUUCUCUAGUAAAAGUGUUAGCAAAACAAAAUGAUAGACUAAAAGAGGAUUAGAGUAGAUGCAAAUUUUUUAAAUACCAUUAUAUUUACUCAUUAAUUUCUAAACUGUGCAGCUAGAAGAUGUUUUUAUAGGGCCUAAGGGAAUAAUCUGCAAUUAUACAAGUUGUAAAUGCUUGAAGGAAGCUAUUCCACAUCUUAAUGAUUUUGCUCUGGGGAAACACUCUUGGUCUGGGAGCAAGUAGUAUAAUCUAGUUGCUUCCCAGAUAAUUUAACCUCAUAAGCAACCAGUUUCCACUUGUCAGCAUAAUUAGUCCAUAUUUUCCUAACAAAGGACCCCUCCUGUAAAGUGAUCCACCAGCACAGAUCUUGCAUCCACCCAGAGCUCCUGUGUCCUAAGUUAAAAGCUGUGUGCAUGGAUCAGCCUGCAAAAUUAGGGUCAGGCUCUUCAGCUAUCUUGAUUUUUUUGUUAAACGUAAUUGAUAGGAAUUGAAAAGUUAACAUGCAUCAGUAUGUAUGACCGUAUAUAUUUGUUUGUUAUCACUUUAAUAGCAUGUGAAUUUCGUAAUGUUAUUGAAUGUACAACAAUGUCAUUUGUGUUUGUUAAACUUUUUAAUACUGAUAGUUACCUAAGACCCUAAUACACUCAACAUUCCUCUUUUGCUUUAAUUGUUUUCAUGUUGUUAGGCCUUGCACAACUUGCCUUGAAAAAAAUAUAUCAGCUACUGAAAAAACAAGUCAUUAAUAAAACAUUCAGUAGCUGCAUUUCCUGGUGAAAUUAAAGGAUAAUACAAUGUUAUAAAUAAAGUGUAAUCUAGAUUAAUAUAAAAAGGAAGAUUAAAGAUACUGUCUUUACUAGGUGAGAAUGCAUGCUGAUGAAUGUGUUGUACUUGAGAUUUUUUAUCCAUUUCUUACAACUCUUUGAACUUGUACAAAAAGGUUUGCUGAUUAAGCGCAGUUGAACUUUGAAGUACAUGCAUCCAUCCUUUUCCCAGGUGACACAUUUUGAGGUCAGCUGAAACAGCUGGUGGGGGCAUGGCAGCUGUGACCAGGCCAACAAGACACUUCUGCAUUAUUUUUCCCUGAAAACAAGUACAGUAAGACUAAUCACUUUGGAGAAGGUGAUAGGUACAUCCACAGGUCUCACUUUUUACUAUCUUUCUUAUCUCCUGUGAUGUGACUGUGGGAUGAAUGCAUUUCUCAGCCACAGAUCUCCUCCCCCAGUUACAGUGGUGAAGCCAUCCGAGUUCGGUCGGUGGGGAGGUUUGAUGGGGGAGGUUUGAUGGGAGAGGUUGGGAUUUCUGUAGUGUUUCCUCUUUCAUUUGGGAUAGCUGCUUCUAAUCAGCAGAAGUGGGGCCAGCUGCACCGUCGUUGUGCAUCUAUGAGUGCUUCAGCAGAAAUAUAUUCAUCUGAGACAUGGUUUGUUGAGCUGAAAAGUAGUCCCAGCUGAUUCUUACAGUUAUUCUUUGCUAAAUUAUACCAUAGCGUAUCAUAAAUAUGAACUGAUGCCAUGCAACUGGAGACCUCUCUGUGACAGCAUGAUCUCAGAGGCAGCUCAGUCUUGUGCAUAAAGGCUCUGGGGCUUCAGUUGGUUUGCUUAGUUUUCUUUUAUUAUGCUCAAUAUGAAAUAAUCAGGAUGUCUGUGCUGAGUGAAUUACCAAUAUGUGACUCAGUAAAGUACUAUGCCUGGCUUAUGUGUGACACUAUUAUACAGAAGGAAGAGCAGCACUAGGGUGUAUGCAUGUAACUGAAGAAAGGAGUGUUACAUGCAUUGGUUUUGUCUGAAAAAUCGCAUCCUGUUGGCAUCUGCCAUAAUUCAGACUUGGGAGGGCAACACUAGUGUCAUACUGUGGCUGAAGAAUAUGAACACACCCAAAAACUACUGGGGUGGACCGGUUCCACAUCUGUGGUUAUAAAUUAGGUAGAAAAUUACUGAUGCUCUUUUCUGUUGAAAUCCUAAGCUUUAAGUUUUUAAAAUGUUUAACACAUUAGCAAAGUCCUUCAAGUAGAGAAGGGGGACCUUGCCAUCUUUUUAAAGUAUUUGAACUUAGCAAAACUUUUCCUUUAGAGGCAGAUUGUGGUAUUAGCCAAUUAAAGUCUAAUAUUUGAGACCUAGGCUGAGGAUCUGAUGGCUGUUAAAUGGCUAAUGAUGUCCUGCCUUUGCACAACAACAGGGUUUUUUACAAUUUCAGAAAGAUUCACUCCAAAAUAGUACAGAUUUCCUGUCACUUCAGACACUUUUGCUUGCUAUUUUGCAGAUGACAUGGUAGCUUGAACUGCAUGAGCCUGGUGCUGGUUUGUUAGGUGAAGUUUGUACUUCGCGUUGCGCAAGCAUGCUGUAAAGAUGCAGACACACCAUAAGCAAACUUUUGAAUGCUAAAAAGCAUCAAGGCAAAAGUUUGUUAUACAGCACAUGCUUCAGAAGAAGAGUACCAAGGGCUCUGUACCCACAAGAGAGCAGACUGUCAGGCACGUGGAGACGAGUGACAGAAACUGCCCAGCAUCCCCUUUGCAAGGACCCCAUGCCUUGGUCAAUAAAGCAACAUGCUCUGAAAAGCUGUGUGGUACUAGAGCAGGAUAAAAGCAGCAACCAAAAAGUUUUCGGAAGGGGCUCAGAUCAGCAGGGCGUCCCAGGCUGGAGGAGGCUGUGGCUCACUGGUGGCUGGGCCUCAGCACUUACCAAAUAAAGAUCCUUCUCCUACAGCUCAUGUUGUGAGCAAAACACAGACGCAGCUGGCAGCUGUUGGGGAAGUGAGGACAACACUGCAUUCUCUGCAGCCCAGCAGCAGGGAAAGGGAAGAAGAUGCUGGAAGUUGUCAGUGUCCAGCGUAGCAGAUGGAUAGCAGCAUCUGCUAAGCAGCAAAUGCAGGACUCUGGAGAAUAAACACCCAUUUCCAAAUGAUUGGCAGCUGUCCCUCACCUCCCACACACAUUCUGGGGCAUGCUGUAACGUGGAGCCCUGCAGUGCACCUCUUGGGUUUUUUUUUAAGAGGGGCAUAUGAAGGUGUAGGGUGGAGGACUCCCAGCAGAUCCUUGGACAGUGUCCUGCGUAUUGCCUACUUACAGAGUGACAGACACUGGUGAGUCUCAGCACAGUGCCUCAACCCCUGGCUUGUGCAAAUGCUGUGUAUUUCUCCUGGUGGAGCGCUCAGUUUUGUGUGGCUGAGUCUACCUUGUUGCUGCUCAGGUUAUGAGUGUAUAGCUUAUGUAGGCAUGGCAUUCAUGUAACAAAAAGUACCUUCUUAUAUGGGAGAAAAGCAGCAAUGAGGCUGACCAAGCAAGAUGUGCAAUUAGACCUAGAGCACAACGGCAGGGAUACAAGCAAGUCCUGAAAAUACCAAAUGUAAACAAAGAGACAGCUCAGAACAUCCUUAAAGUUACUUUACAAAACAAUAAUAGCUCAAAGAACGUCCUUUCCUCCCUUUCAGAGUAAUUUCAGUUAGAACAUACAACUACAGUAAUGAGAGUUAAUUCUGCUUUUGUAUAAAGAAAUUUAACUUCCCUGAUAAGCCCCUGCACAAUACCAUGUUGCAUUGAACAAAAACCAUCAGCUGCAUUGCAAAAUAAGAAUAAAAUAAAAUUAUAAGGAACGAAGAGGAGAAAAAUAGGAAUAAAAUAAUUACCUAGUCUGGUUGUAUCUGGAAUGUGAAGAUCUUAGUUCCAGAUCGUGUAUAAACUUUUACUGACAAGUCUCUAGAUUCUCCACAUAAGCAAAGUUUUGCUUUCUGUCUGGGAGGUAAAACUUCUGGCCAGUGUAAUUCAGUGAAGAUUGAUGGAGAGUCAGUAUGGAGAGCAUCCCUUGGAGUGUGAAUCCUCUAACUUACGUAAGGAUGUAAUGAUGUGCAUGGAUAUAACUAAAAAUCCAGCAAAAGCAAAAAAAAAACCCUACAUUGCAUGGUCUUCUAUCCUUCCAGGGGGAAACAAAGAACAUGAACGCAGUCGUGAACUUAGUCAUUAUUGGAAGGCAUUAAGAUACUGUGGGGAUAGGCGUGUACAGAAGCAGAAAAAGAAUAGAAUAGUCAAAGUGGCCCAAUUCUGAAUUUAUCAAUAAAAUUAUAGAUAUAUAUUAUUAAAAUAUAUAUAUGUACAUGCAUACACAAAUACAUACAUUUAUCAAAAGAGAGGCAGAGACUGCUGAACAGUCUCUACAAGCCAUGUCUGCAUUAAGAGUUGCAGUAACCUUUUAAGCCGUCUUUUGCCCUUUGCCAGCAUUACUCAGCUGGAGCUGAAACAAUAGUGUUUAAGAUUCCUGUACACAUGGAUCAUCGCUGGAUGAAAUUCAGUGUAAUGGAUAUCAAGGUAUGAAACAUUAAUAAAUACCAUGGUACAGUUUUCCCCACCUCUGGCUCCUUCAUACCAAGACACAUGGAGAAAAGUGUUUCAGUGCCCUUGUCCUUUCACAUGCUCAGGACAUGGGCUGAAGAGGGGUGACAACACAAGCACAGCAUUUUGUGAUGGGUUACAGCUGCCCUAAACUGCACCGGAGGCCCCUGCCUGGUGAUGCUCCAUCCACAGCACUUGUGACCAAGAACUGACAAUCUAUCCCUCAACUUGCAUAUUGGGAAGAUGUUUACUGGCCAAGGUAUAUUAAACAGCAUGAGUUUGCUCCUAUCAAGUAGUAUAGAGCUCGUCCCAUAGUAUCAGCUACUUUUUUCUGUCUGCCCGAGAAAUGGCAGCAUUCCAGAGUGUUAUGCGAUGAUACGUAAAGAGCAGAGUUUAAAAGAAAGGGAUCUUUUCUGUUUGUGCAUUUGAACUCUGGUUUCAAGAACAAGGGUUAACAUGCAUUCAUGGCCAAAUGACUUGUUGUUUUCCUUCCCCUUUAAGCUUCAUCUUUUUUCCUGGCCCUGGACCCCAUGGGGGACCCAGGAAGAGCUGUCAGCUGCCAGUCAGAGGGAGAAUAGCCAUCUGAUGCUUGGCACGUUUCACCUGUGCUGCCCUAACAAAUCUGCUGUUGCCCAUGGGUCCAUCACAUGGUUUCACUCCUGCUCUUUUGAGUUGCUAGUGCUCCCAAAAGAGUGUGGGUUUUACUGGUUAAGUAUAAAUAGAUUCCUCUGUGAGUCACCCUUGGUGUGAUUUGUCAUUGUCAGUUAGUACCCAGGGAGAGGUGUUUCUCCUUUCCCUCCCCAUUUCCUAGACUCACACUGUUUUCUGGCACCUUCUGUUUCCUUUCUCAAAAGCCUAUACCUGGCUGACAGAAAUAGCCCAGUCCUGUGCAACAAAUGCCAGACAGAACCAGAAAAGAAUACCACUCCUUGAGUUAGUUUCCCAAUAGAAAAUAAAGGCACCUGGGCUGCUGUAGAUGCUUUGGCUGUACGAACUGCUAACACUUCAGGCGACGGGUUCAAAGUGGCACAAGAAUAGCACCAUGCCAGGUUCUGGUCCUCAGCACCAGGAAGCUCCUUUGUCAACAGCGUUUUUUUCAUUCUGUGGAGACGAUGUGGUUUAGAUCAAUCCAAAGAAGUACAUCAGGCUUAGGAACUCUGAAAAAUAUCAUGUGUGCUAUGACCAAUGAUCUUCUUAAUGUCAUUUACUUAAUACCGGUUGAUAUACUUAGUAUCAUAUUUUAUGCAGCAUUGCCACUUAGAGUGUUGGCAGAUUGUUGGGUGGAUCUGUGAUAGCUCUCCUAAUUGAAAUUACUGUGUCAUAGCCUUUAGACAGUUAUUCUGGUAACUCAAAAGCUGAGGCAAGCCAUUGGGUGUGAUUUACAGCUGCGAAUGGCAUGUGAUCUAUCCCAGAGACAAUAUGCUCUAGUAGCCAGUGCGUCAUAUUUAUUCAUCCACAGAACUGUGCACAGGGGUCUGCUUUAUCAUAUCAGCCCUCAGUAUCAUCUGCCAUGUCCUUUUGAACUACUCCUUCCAAAAGAAAGCUUUUUCAUUAAUCCAGGAAAUUUAAAUUAAUUGUCCACAAAGUCAAUAGUUGUUUGUCCAUGUCUCCUUUGACACUGCAGCCCCAAGGCAGGCUCUCUUCCAACCUCUGUCAAAGCAAUAGUGUUGGGCAGCACAUUAGUUGUGAUGAGGUAAUGUUAUUUUAAUCCUGCCCAAGGAAUUCUCUCUCUCCCCUCUGGAGAAGCCAGAGGAGCUGUAGGUUUUGCAGAUGUCCAGUGAUCAAAUUACCAUACUUAACUAACCAAACAGGGUGUAUGAAGAGUAAAGUGCAAAGACCCAUGGCUGUUUAAGAGCCAUAUAUCUGAGACACUGCUGUUAAGCUCCAUCUUACACUUCAGCUUGAAGGUAAUCAAAAUGACUAGGCCCAUUUAAAUCACUUGGCCUAGUCACAGCAAUAAAGGCACUUGUGUGAGAAUAUCUUUACAGAUUAAGGCACAGUUUUUACAGACAUUAACCACAAAGCCCUCCACAUGUUAGCUCCAAAUAGCUGCGUUGCACUGUGAGAAAUUACAGCUACCAUACCCACAAGAACCUGGAUGUCUAGGAAAAAUCAAAUCCCAAGGCAUGAUUGCAUUACUUACAGAUGCUAACUUUACAUGAACGAGCACAACCACUACCACAAAUCCCUAAGUACUGCCAAACAAUAAACACCCACAGCAAAAACACCAGCAAAUUUUGCUAUGGAGCAUGCCAAAGAGAGCUCUUUCUUAGCUUUGCCUGGACAAGGAAUAAGGUGAAAAGCUUCUACAAGUAUUUCCUCCAAGCUCUCAGGUCCCCUGAUUUCUAUUAUUUUCCAGACAUCACCAUCAGCCAUGUUUAUGAAAGUAGCACAAAUGUAUCCGGCACCAGCCUCCUCUAGAGGGAGAAACCUCACCAUUGACACCGCUUUUCAUUCGUAAGACAUCAAGGCUGUUUUGUUUGUACUAUUAAUAUGGUUCCCAGUCUCUUCCUCAGCUUGCUGGAGUAGUCUUUAAUAGCAAACAGGAGUUUGUGAAGAAACAUUUCAUGAAAUUAAGCAAAUGGACUGUAUGCAUAUUUAGAAAAAAACUUGUUUGAAGGAUUUUCUAAAUCCUUUUGCAGCAGUGUCCUCCCUGAGAAGUAUCUUACUUGGGAAUGACAGUGAUCCAUGGGAUGCUGCAGAGGGUCCCAGGCUGGUGCCACCACCAACCUACUGCCCUCAGUGUAGUGGUGCAUGCCUCUUUUGCUCUGCUCAGAUCUUUACCAUCUUCGCUGCAGGGAAACAGUAAUUACAAACUAAGAUAUUUUUUUACUGAAAGUAAUUAGAAACAAGAACAGUUAAACCACUAGCUGCUGAGAGCUAAAUCCAGCUGUGUCUUCAUACUACUAUGCACAAGAGGAACCACUUCCCUGUUCACACCACAUGCUCAUAAGAAGUCAUGCUAAUAUUUCUGAUUAAAUAGCAGAAACUUCAUUUAAUGUUCCAUAAGGGACAUUGUUUUGGGGUUUGGUUGUUCAUGCCUGCCCCUGCCCCCCCCCCCCCCACCACCAAGAAUGCACGGUGCUGAGAAGCCUAUACUUGUGAUAAAAUUAACUCUGAAUUGAUCAGGUGGUCUGGGAGAAGGAAAGAUGGAGAGGUGGAGGGUGAACCCUAGUCCCUAAGAAUAAGAUAAAUGGGGUGAUCUUUCAGAACAGCAAGGGUGGGUGAUCCAGCUUCCAAGGGGGUGGGAGGAGAGGGGAAGAGUCAUGGAGUCUGUCUCACCUGGGGGAAGCAGUUUGUUAGUCCCAAGCACCUAUACCACCAUGCCCUGGCAAGACUGGGAGGUACCAAGCAGAGUCUGGCUGGCCGCUCCAGACUCCCAGUAAGGAGCUCAUCAGCUUAAGCUGGUUUUAACCUGAAGAAAUGUGAUACUUCAAGGGCUUGUGUCUAGCUUGACCUUGGUUUGCAGGUUCCUGGUGGCUCUUGCCUUUGAGGCUGUAUGAGGACAAAACCAUAAGCAGGUUUUGUGCUUCUGUUAAUUCAAGAGGAGUAUAUGCUGCAUGGUUCAGGUAUGUGCUGAUGCUGCCAAGACAGACAAAUGGGGCUAUUGACUUGUAACACAAAGUAUUUUAUAAGCCUGUUACAGAAGUUCAUUGAUCUCAGAGCAAUGGCGGCUGGGCUCUUAAUAAUAACAAUGAAAAAUAUCAUACAUCUAUUAGACUUUUUCAAAUUAGCUCAAUUAGUCCUGUGUACCUGACUCCUUCUUUUACUGUUUAAUGUGUAAGAAAACCUGUACUGUCAACACUGCUUGCUUGUACUAGCAAAGAUGUUAGCGACUAAAUGUAAGUUUAUGGACUGCUUGUUUGACUGUACACUUUUACUUCAGACUAAGCCUGUUUGUGUAGUAACUUUUCUGAUGCUGUGCAAACAAACCAGAGAGAAAUUGGAACCAGAAAAAAACUGACAGUUUUGUUGUUUCAGUGUAUUGUACUUGGGACCAAUGUACGUGCUUGUGUGCUUGCAUGGAAAUGCUGAUAAGCCAUGAGAAUAUGCUUUGAUGCUGGGAAGUCUAUUUUUCGUAAGUGGCUUGCAUGACUGAUCUGAUGCUAAAUAAACUAGUAAAUCUGGAAA